AUGUCGGUCGAUAAGGAGGGCCUUUGGUACCGUGUUUUAAAAGCUAGGUGGGGUGGGGGGGCGCUUACAAGAGGAUGCAGACAUUGCUCGUAUUGGUGGAGGACCGUGUGUAAUGUUCGUGGGGGAGUAGGAGUAGGAGUGAGGUGUUGGUUUGAUGCUAACAUUCGAAGGGUGGUAGGCGAUGGUCGACAUACCUUGUUCUGGCAUGAUAACUGGGUGGGGGAAAUUCCGUCGAGGAAUAAAUUUCCUCGACUAUUUGAUCUACCCGUGAACCAAGAGUCUUCGGUGGAUGAGUUGUCGAGGUUAGGGUGGAUGACCGGUGGUGGGGGUGGGUGUGGGCAUCGUCUGUUGGCGUGGGAGGAGGAGAGUGUGAGGGAGUGUUUUGUUUUAUUGCAUAACGAUGUUUUGCAGGACCAUACUCAUGAUACUUGGAAAUGGUUGCUCGAUCCUAUUCACGGUUACUCGGUGCGAGGUGUCUACCGCUUUUUUACGGCAACAGAUGUACCUGUGGUUAGGAAUCUCACUACUGAUGUUUGGAAUAAUAUUGAUCCUUCAAAGGUGUCAUUGUUCGCGUGGCGUCUCCUUCGCAACUGA